CUCCCCUGUGUCACAUGAUUGCUGACGGGCCAAAGGUCGGACGUACAGAAAACUACUGGGAACGGAUUGCUUCGGGACACUGAGCUCCUGAUGGUGCUGAUUGCAAGCCCACGAGGCGUCCGCUCGCUCCCGCAGCACGGCCGCCACCGCCUAACAGAGCCAGAAGAAAGAAGAGUGAUCACACUGAAGAGAUGCUGACAGGGAGUGCUGCCCUCCACAUACCUCUGCGGUAUAAUGGGUCGCCUAGAUGGAAAAGUCAUUUUAAUGUCUGCCGCAGCGCAGGGAAUUGGACAUGCUGCUGCAAUUGCAUUUGCUAAAGAAGGAGCGCAGGUGAUUGCAACCGAUAUUAAUGAAGAGAAGCUGAAAGGCCUAGAAUCAUACAAAGGUAUUCAAACAAGAGUGUUGGACGUCACUAAGAAGGAGCAAAUUGAAAAGCUGUGCCAGGAAAUUGAUAAAAUUGAUGUUCUAUUUAAUGUGGCUGGCUUUGUCCACCAUGGAACUAUUCUGGAUUGUGAGGAGAAAGAUUGGGACUUCACCAUGAAUAUUAAUGUACGGAGCAUGUAUCUCAUGAUCAAAACAUUCCUGCCAAAAAUGCUCGCACAAAAGUCGGGGAACAUUAUCAACAUGUCUUCUGUAGCCUCCAGCAUUAAAGGAGUAGUAAACCGAUGUGUUUACAGCACUUCAAAGGCAGCAGUAAUUGGUCUGACUAAAUCUGUUGCUAUAGAUUUCAUUGAGCAAGGCAUUCGGUGUAAUUGUAUAUGUCCUGGAACUGUGGAUACACCAUCUUUAAGGGAGAGGAUUCAAGCUAGACCAAACCCUGAACAGGCAUUGGCUGACUUUCUAGCAAGGCAGAAGACCGGCAGAAUGGCCACCGCAGAAGAAGUUGCCCACCUGUGUGUUUACCUGGCUUCAGAUGAAUCUGCCUAUGUCACUGGUAAUGCACACAUUAUUGAUGGCGGCUGGGGUCUGUAAUUCAUACAUAGAUGGAUGAUGGACAAGACUAAACAUGGCACCACAGAUCAGCUGAAGCCGGAGACAAUGCAAUAAAACAGACACAGAACUACAAGACUCACUCUAAUAUCUUUGAUUACGGAUCAUCAAAUCUUCUGCAGGCCUGCUACUUUUUUAGGUCAAUUGAUUCACAAUUUUAUUUCAAAUAAAAAAUGAUUUAAAGGGUGUAAUCUAAA